AAAUAGUACUAUUUAAGGAUCGGAAUAUAGUAAAAUUGUAUCAGUCUUCUACUUCACCUGUGCCAAUAAUAAUAAUUGAUCAAAGCGAAGGAAUCAUGAAGCAAUUUGGAUUGUUUUUCUUCAUAUUUUUACAAAUAACAUCCAUUUAUACCUCAAAUUUGAUAACCCCGUUUACAUGUCUACCGUGGGAUACACCGUGUCUAUCAGCGUUGGCUCAAAAACUUAGCACACCUAGGAUUUUUGACUUAAACGCUUUGAAAAUCGACCCCUUUGAAAUAGAUCAUUUCAAGUUAGAAAAGGAUGGAUUAGAAUUUGAAACAAAGGAUACCAAAGUCCAUGGGCUAAAGAAUAUGAUUGUUGAAGAAUUCAGAACGGAUGCAAAUACCAGCACAGCCUAUAUAAAAAUUCGCACAGACGUUAUUGUCACGGGUCUUUACAAAGCAGACGGAUCCUUGUUCUAUAUGCCAUUAAAUUCUGAGGGAGAUUACUGGACAUCACUAAGAAACCUGGUAAUAAAUGUAGAGGCGCCAUACAAAAUCGUGAGAAGUGCAAAUGGUGAACCUUUGUUAGAGACUUCGGAUUACAAGUUAAGCUAUGACGUUAAAGAUGGUGCUGAAUUUCGCCUAAACAGCUAUAAUUAUGGGAUCCCUGGAUUCAGUGAAUUGCUCAACCAACUGAUAAACUACAAUUGGAAGUAUAUAUCAUCGAAUUUUAUCACCGAAUUCGUAUCAAACGCUGUUGAGAACAUUGCUAAGACACAUAAAAGUUACUUUCGUAUAUCGCCUUUCGAAUUUUUAGUUCAAUGAGCACUGUGUCGACGUUUCCAUAAAUUAUUCUAAAUUUACAUCUCGCCUACUGUAGAGCUAACAUUCGAUCAAAGAUAUAAUAACGUUAAGACAAAUAUACAGAUUUCAACCAAUGGCAGCGCAACUGGAAAUGCUGCUAACAUCUUAAUUGCGAUGGGACAAAAUGGCUAUUGGACUAUAUUUUGUCUAUUUCUCUUCACUUGAUUGUAUGUUAGCAUCAAUACUGUAAAAUACGAGCCUGCAAUCGCCAGAUGUCCCUCAUCUUAUGAAGGCCGAAAGUUUGUCAUCCCUAGUUCUUUAAGUAAGUAAAGUAGCUAAUAGAGGGUUCAUAAGUGGGGGCUUUAGUAGGUCGCAGGUUUCAAAGGUCCUGAAUUGUCCAAGUAUAAAACGUAAUUUUUUGUUUUUUUUCUACGAGUGUUCAUUAGAAAUCUCGACUCCUAUUGUCAUACCCUUAGCUAUUGCAACGUAUUGCUAGAGAUCUAAAAAAUUGGAUCUUUAAUUUGUUGGAUGUUUUUGAAGAGUUUCAAAGAAGCUAACUGGCGAUUUGGGACAUAAUUUCUCAUAUUAUACCAAAAAAUACGCUUUGUACUUGAACGGUUCAGGGUAUGAACUCUUUAACCCUGUUACCUUCCAAAGCCACGACAUUCCAAACUCCAUAAUUGUAAAGUUGUUAAACAUACCUACUAUAAUUACUGUAUACUUACUGUAAGUACUUAUAAGGUAUCUACCUUUAAAGUACGGUAGAAGUAUAGGCUGACAAAGUUUAGCUUUGAUAAAAUGAGAUAAGUCUGGACAUGGCAGGUUUUUGGAACAAAAACAAUACUCUUAGAGCAAUCACUAUACGCAAAACGCACUGUAGACACAUAGCAGGGUACACACAUGUUACAUAGCGUUUUAUUAUUAUCCAGCCAAAAUUAACAUCGUGGCAAGCUAAAGCCAGUAUUCAGUACAAAUACCUAACAAAUAUCAACCACAGUUUUUUGUACAUUAUAUUUUAUGGAAUAAAACAUCUGCUUAAGUACGUAAUAAUAAAGUGUAUUUUUAAGAAAUUAACCACCUAUUUUAACUCAUAAUAUCAACAAUACGAUUAACAACAUAGCAAGUGACCAUUAAUUGUAAAUGGUUAUUAAUGUCAUGCACCUAAUUUGUGUAAAAUAAACCAAUAAAUAUUUCAAGUUAAUAA